AAGACCACGAAGAAGACCACGAAGAAGACCACGAAGAAGACCACGAAGAAGACCACGAAGAAAACCACGAAGAAGACCACGAAGAAGACUACGAAAAAGACUACGAAAAAGACUACGAAAAAGACGAAGACACGGUCAAAACAAUGCCACCAUGUGAAUUGAUAAUUGCAAGUCUGGAAUUUGAGAGACACUACGAAGAAGACUACGAAGAAGACUACGAAAAAGACUACGAAAAAGACCACGAAGAAGACCACGAAGAAGACCACGAAGAAGACUACGAAAAAGACGAAGACACGGUCAAGACAAUUCCACCAUGUGAAUUGAUAAUUGCAAGUCUGGAAUUUGAGAGACGUUUGAAUUUCAAGUUAUAG